AUGGCAACAAUAUGCAGAUCGUUACGGCCUCUCGCCAACGCCACGAGACCCCUACCCGCCUUCAGUCCUGCUGCUAGAGUGGUUUCGAGACGGACUCCUCUACGGCAGCAAGCUCCCUUUUCUACCUCGAGACGACGCAACAACGAUGAAGAUCUAACUUCUCUCUCCCCAACACCCAUUACACACUUCUCCGAGACUGAGACCAUGCUGGCAGAGUCGGUCUCCAAAUGGGCUAACGAAGAAGUCGCCCCUAAAGUCCGCGAAAUGGACGAAGCAGAAAAGAUGGACCCUGAGAUUGUGGAGCGCAUGUUUGAGCAAGGUCUAAUGGCAUUUGAGAUUCCUGAGGAGUAUGGAGGUGCGGGAAUGAAUUUCACUUCUGCAAUUGUUGGGAUCGAGGAGCUUGCCAGAGUCGACCCUUCUGUUUCCGUCAUGUGCGAUGUCCACAACACCCUGGUUGUCACCGCCAUCUUGAAAUAUGGCAGUGAGGCGUUCAAGAAGGAGUGGCUACCCAAGCUCGCCACCAAUACUGUGGGAUCUUUCUGCCUAUCCGAACCUGUGUCUGGAUCAGACGCAUUUGCAUUGAAGACCAAAGCGGAGAAGACAGAAACUGGCUACAAGAUCAACGGCUCCAAAAUGUGGAUCACCAAUUCCAUGGAAGCUGGCUUUUUCCUGGUCUUCGCCAAUCUCAAGCCUGAAGCCGGCUACAAGGGAAUCACCGCGUUCGUUGUAACCAAGGAUACCAAAGGUUUCAGCAUCGCCAAAAAGGAGAAGAAGCUGGGUAUCAAAGCCUCCAGCACGUGUGUGAUCAACUUUGACGAUGUCGAAAUUCCCAAAGAGAACCUUCUUGGCAAAGAAGGUGAAGGCUACAAAUAUGCCAUUGGGCUUCUUAACGAAGGCCGCAUCGGUAUUGGAGCCCAAAUGACUGGACUGGCUCUUGGUGCGUGGGAGAACGCCGCCAAGUAUGUGUGGAAUGACCGAAAGCAAUUCGGAAAGCUCGUUGGAGAGUUUCAGGGAAUGCAACAUCAACUCGCACAGUCAUAUACCGAGAUCUGUGCGGCGCGAGCACUGGUUUACAAUGCGGCACGAAAGAAGGAGGCCGGCGAGGACUUUGUGACGGACGCUGCCAUGGCCAAGCUAUACGCAUCACAGGUUGCCGGAAGGGUUAGCGGACUGGCUGUGGAGUGGAUGGGUGGUAUGGGAUUCGUCCGUGAGGGCAUCGCUGAGAAGAUGUUCCGUGACAGCAAGAUCGGUGCCAUUUAUGAGGGCACCAGCAACAUCCAGCUGACCACGAUAGCGAAAGCACUGCAAAAAAGGUAUACUUCAUGA